AUGGCCAACGAAACAACAGCAAGGUGUGUCUUCAUUAGCACUAACAAGGACACUAAUCUCGGACUUCUCCUCGACUGUGAUGACUCUGUCUUUGCAUUCAAAGGCAAAAUAAAAAAGCAGCAUGAACAGUGCUUCCCAAGUUUUGGGCGAGUUUCUGUUGUGUCUAUUAAGGUUAACAUGGGAGGUAAAUUUUACUAUUUACCAGAUUCUAUGGUACUUAGCAAAGCUAUUGACGGGAUCAGAAACAAGGACUGGUCCCUUUUCGCUGACGUUGAGGCGAAUGGUAAGGAGAUACUUACUAUAACUGCUCCAAGUUCAAACCCUAAUCCGGAUCUGAAAACCAAAGUCGCUAAAGAAAAUACCAACAAAAGGAAAGAGAGAUCUUCAGCUGGUGACAAGAAAUCUCAUAGGAAAGUAGCAAAAGCUCUUGGGAAUGAAACAAGUGUUAAGAGAGUAGACCUUGAAAAGGAUGUAACAAAUGUCAUUGCACCUACCUUUGAAGUUAAGGAUGAUGUGAAUGAAACUCGCAAAGCCUUUCCGGCAAAUUACUUUGAGGCUAGUAGCUCAGGUGGAGGUAAGCAGAGCUCAGAAGAUCACAUUGAUCAAUCUCUUGUUGCUGAGGACGAAGCACUCAAAGGUGGUGAUGCUGUUGCUGUUUCCGAACCUAUUCCAAACUCGAGUGGAGAAAAGAUUACCAAUACUCUUGUGUUGUUGGCUGUUCCUAAAGAGAAUGAGAUGGGUACAAAGGACAACGGUGCUGGUGAUGCAACAAAGUCAGUGAAGGCGGCUCCUAAGAAAAGUAGGAGCAAGAAAGAUAAGGCCCCGGUUAAAGAAGAGCCUGGAGUCGGUUCCAGUGCAGGGAACGUUGAGCAGCCUGGCAGUGACUCUCAGGAGAAUGCCGAAAAAGUUGCCAAGAAAUCAAGGAAGAAGGCGUCUUCCAAAGCUGUGGAGGAGGCUUGA